CGCUCCUCCCAACCUUCUCUCCUCGUCUGUCUCAAUCAUCAAUCAUUUCAUUUUCGUGUAAAACCAUUUGUGAAUGGACGACGGCAAAUAAAAUAAAUUGGCCAAUUCUAAAAUAUUGGUUCCCCACACAUUAUUUGCAAUGAGUGAUAACGAAAAAGAAGAGGCUGCCAAUUUGAAAGAAGAAUUCGAAUGGGUCCUUCGCGAGGAGGUGCACGCUAUAUUACAUCAGCUUCAUUCGGUUCUAGUCGAAUGCGCUCACAGAUUCCCCGUGCCAUUAUAUGGCAACGAAGGCCAGAAGCAGGACAAAUUCAUCUUGACAUCACAGCCUGAACAGCUGAAAUGUAUAGUCACUUUGACUGGUGAUAGCAUCACUCAUGCAGACAUAAGCUUCAAGGUACUUCGUCAGCUUCACACAAUAUGUCGUACAUCAAUCAACCAAGACGGACCGUGGAAAUUGCAGCAGAUUCAAGAUGCAGCCAAUCAUUUGCAGCAAGCUAUAGGCUAUAUUGAUAAUGUGGACAAACAUUAUAUCUUUAGAUCGUCCGAAGAAGUCCUACAUAUAAUACAAUGUUUACUCGGCUCUCUGCAGAGAGCACGCACUGCCUUAGUACUCCCUAAGAAGAAAGCUAUUGAUGAGCUUAUGAAAAGUAGAAAUAUGAAAGCCCUAUCACCUAACCUGCCUGAAGACUUGGCAAUAUCAUUCUACAUACAGUCACACAAGCUGAUAUUUGUUGCGUACCAGCUGAGUUCGGUUCACGGGACCAUGAGAAUUGAUUCCUGCCAAGCAGACUGUGCAGUGCCAUGGCUUAGCGAUGUGCUCUUCAUGCUAACGGCAGCACUUCACAUGUGUCAACAACUUAAAGAUAAGCUUUGUGUAUUCUCACAGUACAAGGACUUCACAGUGGGAUCGAGAUCGACCUCUAUGGUAUUAAACUGAAUCCAUGUUACCUGAUUCUCAAGUGUUUGUAAGCUUAUGUACUAUUUAUACUGUACAUGUAUUUAUUUAGUAAUAAUUAUCAAGUCCAUUGUUGAUUCUUGUUGAGUAUGUUGUAAUAUAGCAUAGGUAAUAUACUAAUAAUUUAUUGUAAUAUUUAAUAGGAUGUAUAAGCAGAGGUAAGACCUGUCAAAGUUAUGUUCGAAGGUGUAUUGGACAAAUUCUGUGUCCAAUUUCUGUAUUAGAAUGUGUUAUUAUUAUUUAGUUUUAUUUGGGUACAUAUGAAUGCUUCUUAAGUUGGAUCUGUGCAUUUUAGGAUUAAUUAAUUUAAACAUUUCAAAUAUUUUACAAUGCAGUGCUGUUCAUCGAAAAUUUUAAAUAAUUAUCCGAUAUUUGAUUAUAAUUUGGUACAAAUAAAUAAACGUGCCAUCUCUGAGCUUUCGGUGUUGUUCCUGUUUACUAAAGAAUAAUUAGUUUUGUUGGUUUUUCUAGUAGGUUCAAUCAAUUUAUUGUAAAUAUUUAAAACUGUUUUCAUUCUUGGUGUUUCCUUGGUCGAGCUUUUGUAUUAAUCAAAUUGGAUAUAAAUUAAAGCGUAUUUCACAAACAUCACGAUUUCGCUUAGGUGCACUGCAAGGGCGUUAUACAGACCCACUAUUAUAUCUUGUGAUUGUGAAAGCUAAUGAAACCUCUUUCGUAUGUAAUCGAUGUACUUUUAUUGGUAAGUGCACAAAUAUAGAUCUGAAAUGUUAAAAGGGUUUCGAUGCAACUUGGAGCAAUAAGGCUUCUUUGAAGUAAUGUAUAUUGUAGAUAAAAUAUAAUUAAUGUUGAAGAUUUCAUGACCGUGUAUCAUUAAUGUUCAAAUGUUCAACAAUCAAAGAGAAACUUCAAUUUAAAAUAUCGUUUAUUUAUACAAAAAAAAAGAUUAACAAAGAAAAACGUUCCGUAAAAAUAACCUUAUCCAAUCGUCAUUGCAUGAUAGUUACAUUGAAAAAAUCUAAACUGAAUAUUCAUGUCCAUCACAGUAUGUCAAAUUAAUUUAACACUGAAGUGAUUUCGCCUCGAAUUCAUUCUAAUGUAGUCAAUUAAUUAAGUUCUUCAAACUAAUUAACUUAUUCAAUUUGUCAACGUAUAGAGUUAAAAAAAUAUGUGAUACAUAACGUUUAAUUCUAAGGUCUAUGUAAAAUUAAUCUUGGUAAUGAUUAUCUCGGUCACCUGCUUGCCGCUAGAGCGCUUUCAGUAGAAAUUUGAUGGAAGAAUUUUUAAACAGAAUGAGGGCUAUUGUUUUUAUACCUAUCAGUUGGCACUGACGUAUGACAGGACCUUACUCGUGAGCUCGUCACCUCACUCUGCAGUGGCGCCACCCUGGUGACUGCGAAUGCGAUAGUCCUCAUACCGCUUCAGCGCUCACCAGAUGGCGUCACUAUCCUUAGCCGCUAGCAAGUGAUAGAACUAUGGAUAGAACCUUGCUCCACAGUGCAGCAGUGGUGCCAACUGGUGAACACAAACGAUAGCGCCCAUUGUGACGUCAUUUUAUCUCUCUAAUUAAUUGAUUUUAAAACAACUAAAAAGUUAAAAGAAGUAUGUAGUUACCUACAAUUUUUUUUGAGAAAUUGUGCCUUGCAAUGGUAAAAGACAAUGCCGGAAAUUGGCGUCUUUUUUUUUUCGCGCGGCCAUCGACCAAACUUUGUUUUUUGAUUACAAAAUAGUGUAAUAAACCAAACUUACUAUGACAUGUAUACCUCUAAACUCAGUCUAAACUGAGUUACGAGCAUUAGAAGUUUGAUGAUUUUCAUACUAGAUUUGCUUUUUGCGCGCAAAGUUUUGUAAGAAAUUGCAACAAAAUAGUGAAAUUGUAUGUGUAAACAAACAAUACCAUCCAUUAAAGGCUCCAGACAUCAGUAUGGAGCAGAAUCAGCGCAAUAAAAAAAUAGCGCAAUAUUUUGUUGCAAUUUCUUACAAAACUUGCGCACAAAAAGCAAAUCUUGUAUGAAAAUCAUCAAACUUCUAAUGCUCGUAACUCAGUUCAGACUGAGUUUAGAGGUAUACAUGCCAUAGUAAGUUUGGUUUAUUACACUAUUUUGUAAUGAAAAAACAAAGUUUGGUCGAUGGCCGCGCGAAAAAAAAAAGACGCCACUUUCCAUACAAAAUCCGGCAUUGCCAUUUAUCGCCGGGAGUCUAGCUAUAAAGAUGUAUUAAGAAAUACGGAUGUAGAUCGCACCGAUUGUCAGCGGAAACAUAGCGCAAAUAUGAUAUUUAUCAACUCUUGCGCAGGUUUAAAAACUUCUUGAUUAAUAGUGGCCGAGAGUAAACGAAAAUCUUGUAUGUGAGUCUGUCUUGACUUUGUCCUAUAAAGGUAAAUAAAUUAUAUCAUUCUUUAAAAAUAAAAUGAAUAUUGAACUAAACUAGCUUUUUGGUGUCAAAAUUCAUCUGUAAAAUAAUAUUCCAAAGCGAUAACACUAUGAUUACAAAAAAUCUAAUGUUAAAAUCGCUCUAUUAUGAAUAUAACUAGUUACGCAAUGUAUGAUAAUAAUAUUAAACAACGGAAUUGGAUAUCGUUAAUAUUGUAUUUUUGUGCACUUUUAAUAAUUCAUAGCAAGAUAAUGAAUUGUUAUCGUAAUUCCUGAAUAAAAUCUUUAAACGUUGAAUAUUCUUGUAGUGAAUGUAAAGUACCCAAUUAGGAAAUGCAUUUAUUUAAAUUACAUGUUUUUGUUGCUAUGAUUAUUUAAAAUGUAAGAAGAUAGUAUGAAGCGAUAGAUCACCAUCAUGAUCAAAUUUAUUUGACAUGUUCGACAAUAACAAUCUUAUACUAGUAUUAUUAGAUAGUCUCAAGACUACUUUAAUUGUAUGUACCUACUGUAUAAACAAUUCUUGUGAUUGUGUUGUAAUCUUGUAAUUCAAUAAACCAAAAUGCUGUUAAAAAUC